UACCUAAUAAGUGAGAGUGAAUGUUUUCAGCGUCGCUCUUUCCACAUUCUCUAUCUUUUUGGCACUCCAAGUGUUUGAUGAAUUGCCUAAGCGGUGGUGAAGUAGCUGUGGUCUAAGCUUAUUAAUUAUCUGGAGGAUUAUAUGGCUUUACCUUUCAUAGCUGAAUUGGCGGCGUCGGCGAUCAUCGAGGAUUAUGGCUUGACCUGAUUGAGUUUUCAUCAAUUGCGCGCCUGAGUAGUGGUGAAGUCGAUCAUGGCUCUAACCUUCAUAGCCGGAGCGGUGGCGACGGCGAUCAUCGAUAACCUCGUUAAGACGUGCUUUUCCUACCUCAAAGCUUACCCGGCGCUGCAGGACGUGCGGGUCGAGCUGGAAAGGCUGCAGUGCGCCCCUGCGCAGGUCCAGGCAGUCUUGACUGCUGUAGAGGAGGCGGCGUCGAUUGCAGAGCAGAACGAGGGGCUGGUUACGUGGCUGUGGCAGCUCAGAGAUGCUGUGGAGAACGCGGAGGACGUGCUCGACGAGCUGGAGUACUGCAAGUUACAGAAGAAGACANUAAAAUUUAAAAUUUAA